AGCUGGAAACGAUCCAACUCGGAAGUUAUCGUUACUAAAAUAUAAGCAAAAAUGAAAGUGUUCGCGGCGGUUUUUCUUUGUAUUCUGAUUGCCCACGAGGCCAAAGCCCAGUAUGCGCGAUGCGUGAAUCCCAACCAAAGGCAGGGACUCUGUGUGCACAUAAACGAGUGCCAGACUCUGUAUUCUGUGUUGCAGCAGGACAGAUUGACCGAUCUGCAGAGGAAGUUCAUUAAGUCCUCGGCCUGUGGAAUGGGCGCUGAUAAUCUUCCCUUUGUCUGCUGCACUCAGGAUACGGGUUAUGUCAGGAACCAACGCAGAACUAUCUCUUUUCCGGACUACGAUGGCUUCGGUGGCGAUUGGGAGGAGGAGAGGUCGAAGAGUUUUGGCUUUUCCAGGCAAGAAAAUCGUCCAUGGAGCUUUGGAGAUCAGCAGGGCAGGGAAAGGAAUUCAGUCCAGAGGACGUCGACUGGUGUUGAUGGCUCCAGCUUGCUUCCCCAACCGCCCUCCUGCGGGGGCGUGGCCAUCAGGAAUCGGAUUUAUGAUGGCAAGGACACCGAUCUCAAUGAAUUCCCCUGGAUGGUUUUGUUGGAGUAUCGCAAUCGAAACGGGGGUCUGUCCACCAGCUGCGCAGGAUCCCUGAUCAAUCAGCGUUAUGUCAUCACAGCUGCCCAUUGUCUAACUGGAAGAAUCGAACGCGAAAUCGGACCACUUGCCUCCGUGAGAUUGGGCGAGCAUGACACACGUACGGCCGUGGAUUGCCCAGCCGGCGGAGGAAGUUGCGCCCCGGAGGUUCAGCGUUUGGGCUUCGACGAGAUCCGGGCCCACGAAGGAUAUAGCGAGCAGUCCAAGAACCAAGUGCACGAUAUUGGUUUGAUUCGUUUGGAGCGGAAUGUCCGCUACUCGGAUAACAUUCGACCUAUUUGCUUGCCCUCGUCUGUGGGUCCGGAGGCGCGGCAAGUCGGUCAGCAAUUCACGGUGGCUGGAUGGGGCCGUACUCUCAAGAUGGCCCGUAGUCCGAUCAAGCAAAAGGUGACCCUCAACUAUGUGGACCCCGCCAAGUGUCGCCAAAGGUUCUCGCAGAUCAAGAUCGCCGUGGAAUCCACUCAACUCUGUGCCGGCGGACAGUUCCGACAGGACAGCUGCGAUGGCGACUCCGGCGGACCUCUGAUGCGAUUCCGUGGCGAUUCCUGGGUCCUGGAGGGCAUCGUGUCCUUUGGCUACAAGUGCGGUCUGAAGGAUUGGCCCGGUGUCUACACGAACGUUGCUGCGUACGACAUCUGGAUCAGGCAGAAUGUGCGGGCUUAGAAGCGAUUCAAACUUACUCAAGCUCAAAGCCAAAAUUGUGAUCUUAACUAUACUAAGUUUAGCAUAAAACUUACCAUAGAAUUGUAUAACCCUUUGGAAUAUUUAUAAAAAUUUUACAUAAAUCAGA